ACAUGUCUAUUUUGAACCUUUUUUCAGAAAGAUAUUUGAGUAAUCAAAGCAAUUAUGUUGUACUGCCCACCUAAUGUCACUUUCACUGACAUCUGGGUUCAGCAUGGAGUUUCUCACUGCUUUUUGGAUACUGUUACAUCAUCCACAUAUGGGCUUUUUCUUCUGCUGUUUGGCUUUGGCCAGUGGUUGAUGUACAAACGAUAUUCAACUCCACAUGAUUCAUCUAUUAUUCGCCCUAAGUCUUCACUCAUGGUGUUUCAAUUUGUUCUAAUGUUCUUCAUUCCAUUGUUGACACUAGUGCAUUUCAUCCUUCUUGCAAGUUUUGUUGGUGACAAGACAAUCUAUGGAUAUGAAAUUGUCUUCUUUGUGGUAAACUUAUUGGUAUGGCCCCUGUGUGCUCGACUGGUGUUGCUGGAGCGUUACUACCAGCUGCCCACCGUACCAUCCAAUGGACAUGGCAUUGUGCUGCUGCUCUUCUGGACUCUCGUCUUCAUUGCUGAAAAUUUGACAUUCAUUAACCUGAAGAAUGAAGACUGGUGGUUUGACCUCAGUAGUGCAAGUGACAAGUGCGAGUUUGCAGUGUUUGUGCUGCGUUACAGCGCCACCUGCCUACUAUUUGUCAUUGGCAUCAAAGCUCCUGCAGUUGCCUUUGAUACCAAUGCUGCCCAACUUGCUCCUCUCCUGUCCGAGUCAUCUGCCACAGUGGUGCCGACGCGGGAUGCUCGUGUCGGUCAGACGGCGUACGGACUUUGCGACGCCAGCGUCUCCAGCUGUGAACUUGGCACCGAAAGUGUGCCGAUUUAUAGUAAAAAAAUCGUGGACCGUCUAGGGGGCGACGGCUCGCCAGCAGCCUUCUGCUGGGACCUGGUGUUGGUGUUCGUAUUCCUGAAGUUCCUGAGCGGGGGCGGGUUUGGUAGCAUGGGCCUGCUGAACAACGUGCGCAGCAUGGCCUGGCUACCCGUACAGCAGUACACGUCCAGGGAGGUGCAGCUGUCGCUCUUCAGCCACCUGCACAGCUUGUCCCUACGGUGGCACCUCGGCAGGAAGACUGGUGAAGUCCUGCGGGUUAUGGACCGUGGCACGGACUCUAUCAACUCGCUCCUCAGCACCAUCGUCUUCAGCAUCGCGCCGACAAUCAUCGACUUGCUGGUGGCAAUCGUGUACUUCACUGCAGCCUUCAAUUACAUAUUUGGGCUCAUCGUAUUCUUCACCAUGACUUUCUACCUCGUGGUGACGAUCGCCGUGACGGAGUGGCGCACAAAGUUCCGUCGCUCCAUGAACCUGGCUGACAACGAGCAGCGGCACAAGGCCGUAGACUCGCUCCUCAACUUCGAGACCGUCAAAUAUUAUGGAGCGGAGCCUUACGAGAUCAGCCGCUACCGCUCCGCUAUACUUGACUACCAGGUUGAAGAGCUAAAAUCGAACUUCAGCCUGGGUUUGCUGAACAGCCUACAGAACAUUGUGAUCAACGUAGGCCUGUUGGCGGGUUCUCUGCUGUGCGUGAAGUACGUGGCGACGCAGAACUCAGGCUUCACCGUGGGCGACUAUGUGCUCUUUGCUUCGUACAUAGUACAGCUGUACUCGCCCCUCAACUGGUUCGGCACUUACUACAGGAUGAUCCAGCAGAACUUCAUUGACAUGGAGAAUAUGUUCGAUCUUCUCAAGGAAACUCAGGAGAUCGUCGAUAGUCCGGAAGCAAUUGAGUUGAAGGCGCCCCAGGGCCGCAUUGAGUUCCGCAACGUGAGCUUCCACUACCUGCCUGAGAAGACCAUCCUACAGGACGUGUCCUUUGUGGUCGAGCCUGGCAAGACCUUGGCUAUAGUUGGCGCCACGGGUGAAGGCAAGAGCACCAUCAUCAGGCUCGUGUUCAGGUUCUACGACGUAGUGAGCGGCAGCAUCGUCGUGGACGGCCGCGACGUGCGCGACUACACGCAGCAGAGCCUCCGUGACGCCAUCGGCGUCGUGCCUCAGGACACAGUCUUGUUCAACGACACUAUUGGGUACAACAUCAAGUACGGAAAGUUUGUGUCGAGCCAAGAAGAGGUCGAGAACGCCGCCAAAUAUGCUGACAUCCACAACAGCAUUCUUAACUUUCCUGAACAGUACGAAACAAAGGUUGGGGAGCGCGGCCUGAAGCUCUCAGGCGGCGAGAAGCAACGCGUCGCCAUCGCCCGGACGAUCCUCAAGGCGCCCACGUUCCUCCUCCUCGACGAGGCCACCAGCGCCCUCGACACCAAGACUGAGCGACAUAUUCAGAGCGCGCUGAACACCGUGUGUCAGGGCAGAACCGUGAUUGUCGUGGCGCAUCGACUCUCGACGAUCAUCAAUGCUGACUCCAUAUUAGUUCUCAAAGAUGGAAGAGUCGUCGAGCAGGGCAGGCACAAUGAGCUUAUAGCUCAGGAGGGCUUGUAUGCAGACAUGUGGCGCCAGCAGCUUGAGUCCAACCAAGGCAGCGCGUUGGCCACAGCGAACUCUUCGUUACCAGAAGGCGAUGCCCCAAGUGAUGGAGAUGCUGGAAAUAAAUCAGCGACUGCUAACCAAGAACAAGAGACUCGAGUAGUGGAUACCAAGAAAGUUCAUGGCAAAAAUUCUACUGCAUCGGAACAACUAUAGAGUAAAUGCAUUGCGGUCGAUUUGAAGUAUAAUAAUGAAACAGAAGUGCCAUGUUGAACGCUUUCAUUCAAAGUAAAAGCAUAAAGCUGUUGUUACUCGAGUGUUGGAAAAAGUAUUUACGGUAAUGAUAGCGUCUCUUUUGAAACGGUAAGAAUUGUGCAACGGAUGCAGAAUUGGAUUAUUUAUUCACUGACCAAAUUAACGAUUCUUUGCUUGAAUAUAUCUAGUUUUGACUGUCCUGGCAGACUGGAAGUAUGAAUUUUUCAAUGAUUGAUUGACUGGUAAUGCACUUGUACAAUGACUUGACCUACAAAACGAAUUUACAUUUUAAAAGCGUGGUAAGUAGUGAAGCAUUUUGCUUACAAAUCACAUGACUAUUUUCAUGUUUUAUUAUUAUGGACCAUAUAAUUGUUAGGUCCGCCUUGAAGCUGCUCUAACCGAACUCAUAGAUUGGAAUGAUGCCUGGUUGUAGUAAUAAGUUCAAUUAGUAGUGUUCGGCUCAAGAGUGCGACUUCGACAGGAAAAACAUUGUUCCUGGGAGGAAAAUUGUGGCUGUGGUUUGUAGUCUACGUUAAUCGUCUCCGUAAUGGAUUGUAAAAAUACUAUAUUUGAUCGUGACGUAUAUUGUUGUUUUUGUGUGUGGGUAAUGGAUAUAUAACGCAGUACAAUUAAACUGGCAUAACUUACGCGUCUACGUGAGUAAAUGAUUAGGGAAUUCUUAAGUUGUAAUAAAAUAUAUUUCCUACAAUGAAAUUGAGCUCCUGUAAUCCUAGUAUUUUUCUACAUGCAUCUAAUUUGUUCAUCAGUGUGUUCUUAAUUUGUUUUUAUUUUGUUAAAGGAAACUUAGUUGUAAAUCCUAUUGUGAUUCUAUAAUUGUGUUCACAAACAUUAUUGCUUUACGUAUAUGCUUGCGCCUGUAUCAUGUGUUCUGCAGAAAUAACUGGAAAGAAUAUCCGAUAAUUUAGAUUUUAAUACGUAAUCAUUGUUGCGUUUAGUUAUUCUAAACGUUUCAGGCAAGAUCAUACUUCAACCCAUAUCUCGACAGGCUAUUCAUUGAUUUAAAAUAUUGUUUUAGUCAUAAUUAUUUGUGUUCUUUAUUAUUGAAGCUCGACUCACGAUUAUUUGAGUUGCAUAGUAAACACUCGAUAUUUUAGUAUCAAAUUACUUAUGUGAAGCAGGCGUCUUUGGAAAUCGAGGAAGGCGACUCGCAUAACGUGCUAUUUGAUCAAGUCAUUUCUUCCUCUACUUCGUUUACUUGAGUUAACCUUGAAGUGGGUACAAACUAGCAGCUUCGUGAACACCUGUUGCCUGUAGUGUAAGGUCAUUGCAGUCGCCUCAAGAUGGCGACAUGUUUAGUUGUAGAUUAUUUUCAACUUAAUUAUCUGUAAAGACGACUUCUGUUUGAUGUAUUAUGUACGUGAUGCAAUAAUUGUAAAUGUCCCUUUUGUAUGAAGUUGGACUAAAUUUCGCAUCUCGGUCGAUGUGCUUCAAUUUUGUUAUUCACUUAUAAUUAUAUGUUCUGCUAAGGGGAGAGCAGACAGUUGCAGGCCUUGAGCUCAUAUAUACUGUGUAUAUGAACCAUUAUGUUCUAAGUAAAGACUUGUUAGUACGCCAUGCUGGCAACAUAGUAA